UAAAUAACCCCACAGGCCCCAAGACACUGCUACCAGCUCACUCCUCCAGCUCCCUUGGUCUCAAGCUCACACCAACCAGCAGGGCUCUGCCAGAGCCAAGCAACUCUCAAGAACACCGCGAUGAAGAAGCUUCGAACCACCACCACCGCCACCACCACUCUGGCUCUCCUUCUCCUCCUCGUCCUCCUAGCAGCCUCGACCCUCCGCGUCGCCAUGGCUGGAUCAGCGCUCUGCGACGGCAAGUGCGGGGUGAGGUGCUCCAAGGCGAGCCGGCACGACGACUGCCUCAAGUACUGCGGGAUAUGCUGCGCCGAGUGCAACUGCGUGCCGUCGGGGACGGCCGGCAACAAGGACGAGUGCCCCUGCUACCGCGACAAGACCACCGGCCACGGCGCGCGCAAGAGGCCCAAGUGCCCAUGAUCGACCCACCACCAGCCAUCCUCCACAGCCCAUGGCGGCGCCUACAUAGCAUGCAUGUACCUGAACUUCUUCAUGCAUCCCUCUCAUGUCCUACUACGUCGCAGAUCAUUAUAUCGUGUGCCUGUAACUGUAAAUCGUGAUCGGCCAUGCAUGCGUAGCGUCCGAUGCGUGAUCCGACUGUGUUGUUGACCAUGCAUAAUGCCGGCCUAGCGCUACUGUUAUGGCAUGCCGGUAAAAAAUGUCCUUGUGCUGUGAUAAUGAACUACUACUAUGUGUCUAUGUCCACUAA